AUGGAGGAAUGUGGCAAAAGUAGGAUUGAGAGUGUAGAAUCCAAGAGGAAAUCACGUUCUAGAAAAGGUUGUAUGAGAGGUAAAGGUGGACCAGAGAACGCUUCAUGCACGUAUAGAGGCGUGAGACAAAGAACGUGGGGUAAAUGGGUAGCAGAAAUUAGAGAACCGAAUGGGGGUGCACGAAUUUGGUUAGGUACUUUCAAUACUUCAGUGGAAGCAGCCAGAGCCUAUGAUGAUGCAGCACGCAGGCUUUAUGGAUCCGACGCCAAACUCAAUCUCUCAGAACAAGAAUCAACAGAUGUUGGCAUAAUUGAGGAUGGGGAUGGAGAAUGUUCAGUACUUGAGGAAGCAUCCAUAUUUAAAGAUGGAAACGGCAAGUAUUUAGUGUGGGAUACGCCAGCCCCUAGUUUGCUUGGGGUCGAUUUUCAUGGAGACGCUACCACAUGUUUCAAUUGGAAAAAUCAAACUGAAAUGAUGUAUUUUUAA